AUUCUAGUAGAAAAUCGCAAAACAAACGACAUAACCGGGUCCAAAUAUAACAGUUGAAAUGGCUUCUACGGUCGUGGAUGUAACCACCACAGUUGCCUCAACUGUGAGCACCACGACCACAGUGGAACCUCUGCAGAUCAUAACCAACAAUAAUAGUGUUAUAUUUAAUUACCCAUGGACAACUGAAGCAACAAUAUACGAUUGGGACUACUACUACUAUCCAGUCUGGGUAUACUGGGCAGUGUUUGUAUUCGUUUUUAUUAUAGUUUUCCCACUAAUUGUCACCUUGUCUGCGCGGCGUCGACGUCAAAUGACUGAGCGAGCAAUAAUUUUGCAAAGACAACAAGCACGGCGACAAAUGGAGAUAACGAUAAGCAAUAAUAACAAUGUUAACGGUCCCCCUGGCGUUGGAAACGGGGUUGUCAUGAGCAACGAACACACUGUCAGCAAAAAUUUGGACUUGCCCCCAACAUACGAUGAGGUUGCCCUGAACAGCGACAGCAAACAAUUUAAUCCAGCCCUUUGCAAUGACGGAUCCACGCUCACUAUUGCAACUAACUUGGAGUGCAGUAAUCCCAAUUUGACUGAAGGAUAUGGAGAACCACCAGCUUACGUGCCACCUAGCACAAUGAGCACAACAGUUGUUGUGAAUAAUAGUAAUAUGCCAAUAGUUUAGAGCUGGCCAUCUGUUUUGUAAACCA